GGCGCUGGUAAACUAAAUGUCAGGGAUGUCAUCUGGCCGAAGAAGUCAGCCUUCCCAAAGCAACUUGUGUCAUGUAAUCCUAACAUGCCAAAGGUUAUUACAGCUGUAGUGGAGAAAGAAAUGACCGAGGUUUAAGCGGAACACGGUUUGGCGUUGUUCAGAUGUUGUCUGUUCUGACAGGAAGCCGGGCAGCGAUGAGCGCCCCCUGUUGGUUCAUCCGUAGCGCUGCGCGAAGCCUCAGCCGCCAGAGUCCUGCUACUGCUCCGCUGUGCUGGCGGCUGCUGCUGGGGCCCGGGUCUGCAAACAGAAGAAGCAUGUCCUCGAAGAGACAGAUGGACCACUUGGAGAGGACGGCGAGCAACUACAGACAAAAUGCGCUGUAUCCAGCUCAGGUCUGUGGGAUCGUGGACGAAUCGGAAACGGUAAAGAGACUGAGGCUAGCCGUCCAUCCAGACUUCAGCUUCAAAGCGGGACAGUGGGUAGACUUCUUCAUCCCCGGUGUGGAGAAGGUGGGCGGCUUCUCCAUGUGCUCCAGCCCCGGUUUGUUGCAGAGGGAGGGUGUCGUCGAACUGGCUGUCAAGUACACCACACAUCCCCCAGCACACUGGAUCCACACUGUGUGUGCAGUCGGCUCUCGCGUGGCCAUGCGCGUCGGCGGGAACUUCUACUUCGACCCGCUGCCCUCGGAUCCGUCGGCGGAUCUGCUGCUGGUUGCGGGCGGCGUGGGGAUCAACCCGCUCUACUCUAUUCUGUUGCACACUUCAGAUCUGCUGCGCCUCAGCCGGUCCUCUGGCGGCCGGGACUACCGCGUCGGCUCUGCCCACCUCUGCUACAGCGCCAAGAACACGCAGGAGCUGCUCUUCAAGAGCUCCAUCGUUGAGAAAUGCGCCGAGUUUCCUGACAAGUUCUCCUGCAACUUUCACGUCACGCAGCAGAGGGCAGAGGUCGAGCCGCGCCUUCAGCCCUUCGUCAAAAGUGGGAGAAUCACAGAGGAGGAGUUGCAGGCCAAGGUGGACCCACAGAGGACUUUGUGUUACCUGUGCGGACCCCCACCGAUGAUAGAGGCGAUUUCUAACACCCUCACGGGCCUCGGCCUCCCGAAGGACAGGAUUCUGUUUGAGAAGUGGUGGUAGGACCGACGGGAUGUUUCCAGAGGUUGCCCUCCUGGCUCUUGGUGGUCCCCAGACGGAGGACGUAUGGACUGCCAAACAAAAAUGGGUCCUCUCUACUCUGCUGUGGCGAUCCAUGCAAGGUCCCUGGCACCACUCCUGACCCAUGAACUAAAUCAAAGACUGAAUAGAUCUGAUUUCCUGAAAUACAGCCAGGAAAACAUCUGCAACGUAAAUGGCAAAUUCUUGUACAGAUUUCUAGCAAAUACUAAUUUAAAGUGGGAGAAAGAAGUGAGAGAUUUGUGACGAUAUUUGCACACUGCAGCCAGGAUUGCGCUGUCCGGUGCUGCCGCAACUUUCCGUUUAGUGAGGGAACACGUUUUAUACAGAAACAGAUUUUAAGGAUGUGCUGAUCGCAGAUUUGUGGCGCAUUUCCACGCCGUGAUGCGCUGAUGCUCCUUUCAGCCAGUUCCAAUUUCUUAGUUAUUUACAGAGCUCAAAAAGGUUUCUUUAUGGUGUCACAGCAGCCAUUCUUCAUUAGUGUUGCAUAGAUCAGGAGUUGACAUUUUAGCGUCUUAUAUUAGCUGCUAAAUCCAGCGUAUUCCAUGAAGCUUAAAAAGUAAAACAGCUUUACUGGAUCAUAUAUAGCCUCAAAAAUCCCCUGAGGUCUAAUUCUGAGUCCAUAGAAAUGAAUUUUCUCUUUAAUAGCUUCUUGGACCUCUUUACUUCCUGACAAUAGCCAACAUCUUCCGUCAGUGACAACUUCCACACUGAAUAGCAGCUUCCCUGCCCAGAAAAAUAGUUUGCGACCGGCUAAUGUUACCUGUCGAGCUGAAAGUCGUCCAACUUAUAAUUAGUUGACUUCUCUGCAUCGCUAAUUUAUUUAUUUCUCUUUGAAGGGUAGAAACUAGAUUGCAGUUUCAGGGUGGGCUGUUUGCCCCACCAUUUCAAUAAAAGUGUUGUAAUGAAAUCUGAGCCCUGACUGUAAUACUCACACCAUGUUAACCAGGAGCUAAAAUCUAAACCUAAUGUCCCAAAUAAAAAAAAAAAUGUUGUAGUUUCUAUGCCAAAAAGAAUGACUGCUAAAGUAACAAUUUCAAACUAUUUUGGCUGAUGAGCUUGAUUUCUUCCUUCAGAGUAAUUACAUCUCACAUCAUCCAAGUGAAACCUUAACAGUCUUCCACGCACUUGGCCAGCGCCGCACUCUGUUUUCCUCUCACACACACACACACACACACACACACAGCGCUCAUCUGCGCAGUCUCCUCUUCUCUCACACAUCUUCCACAUCAGCGAGCGCUUUUCCAUCACAGGGCAGGUUAAGCGUCCCACGGCGCUCCGUAAUGGAAGCUCCAGGUGGUCUCUGAUUGGCACGGAUCACCGGGCGUCCCUCAGAGACGGCGGCGAGCUCCCCGCUCGGGGUUGUCAUUUUUCCCGUUCAUGAAGAUAACGUGGAAUUGAAAUGGAAAAGGAAAGAAAAAAAAAAAAGACCCAACAACUUUGAGGCAGUGCGGUUUUUAAACGCUUUAUUGACCCUCUUGUUAAACCAAGACAUGACUGUUACACCACUUACGCACUUCACAGGCAGUUCAGGAAACAAAGAAACAGCUGAUUUCUAAAUGACAUUCUUGGGUCACUUAUUGCAAGGAAAACUGCUCCAAUGCCUGCAGCUUUCCAAAAUGUUACGGUUUAUAGAGCAGAAACCACACAGGUGGUACUUUUGAAUGCUGAGUACAAGAACUGAAACAUUUUAAAAUGUCCUUCUUUAGUUUUUGUAUUUUGCCAAUACAUGUGUUGGUAAUUAGUCUAUAUUAACAGUUUUUGGUUAAUUCUUUGGAGCAUUUCAACUCCUGCUUACUGAAAGGAAACUUUUUUUAUUCCCACAUUAAAGAACUGAAGUGGUGAAUCUAGAACUAUACUGCUCUCACGAUCUCAAAUCCCACAAGUACGACUAAAAUAUUGAUUAUCAACAUGUCAGAGGAGCUCUGGUCAUCUGGAACAUCAGUAAACCCCAAAGAAAGGAUUUUUGUCAGUUCCAACUUUUAAAUGAUCCGUCUUUACUUCCGACUCCACAAACAUUGUCAUUCCAGAACUGGAUUAGAUAUUUUAUGAUCAUUAUCGUGUGGUAAAGACCAGUUUGGCCAUUAUUUUUAUUUAGUUAAUGAAGGUUCUCCCUUUACUCCUGCUUUGACAGGGAUGGUUGUACUUCCUGGAGUUUGUUUUUCACUGAACCUAAUUCCUGCUAUUAAAAAAAAAAAAAA